GUCACUUUAUUACUCCCUCCGUCCCGUAAAAAGCUGCGCGCUGGCGUUUUUGCGAAAACCCCCUCGCGCUUUUUCACCUGAGAACAUCUGUCCGCGACCACCGAUCCCCAAUCCCGAUUCCGCCCCGUCGCCGGUGCUGGCCGAUUCCGCCGCGCUCCCGACGCCACCCGACCAGCGCUCCGGAAACCCUUCUUCCUCCUCUGUCGAUCCCAUGGCAUGGAAGCUUUAUCCGGCAGCCCGACCACAAACCCUAGCCCAUGCUCUGGCAAGGAUCGAUUUUUGGAUCCAAAAUCGAUUCUUUGUGGUCAGCGGCGAGGCGAUGAGAACCCGUCUUCCUUCCGCUGCUGCCCGGCCGCCGCGACGGUCUGCCCACGCUGCGCCAGUGCCAAGCUGCGCCGCCGCUGCGACGGUCUGCCCACGAUGUGCCGCCGCCGCGAAUCGUAUGAUCUGGUUUCCCAGGCUGCGCCGCCGCGCGGUGCUGCAGGGCCACGGAUAGAUAGAGCGGAGAGCUGCCGACGCAAGGGAAGGGGAUUUCUUUCUCCGCUCGGCGCACGGCGCGUCCUCCUCCGGCGAGGCAACCGACUCCCUGCCUCCACCAGGUCAGCAGAUCGGGAGAACACGGUUCUUGCCAAAAAAAGAGAGCUUCAGAAGCUCUGUGAGUACAACCUGGACGGCUCUGUCGACAUCAAGUGGCUGCCGACGGUGAAGGGAAGGUCCAGAAGGUGGCUCGCUCGAGGACUCAUUCUGGGACUCAUUCUGGGCUUGGCUACUGCAGUGAGAAACAUCACUUUACCGAUACAGUUCUUGUUCUGGACGGCACGCAAGGGUGGAGGCUCUCCGGGGAGCAGGUAUGUGGACAUCAUCUUCGUCAAGCGGAGUGUAGUUGAGGUCAAGUGGGGCGUUGUUGAGGUCUGGGAGCACCAUAGUGAACUUGCUGAUCAGCUGAAAGGUAGACCGGCGAGGAGCAGCUGAAAGGUAGACCGGCGAGGAGCAACUGAAAGACAGACCUGCGAGGAGCAGCUGAUAAGUAAUGAGUUCAGGCAGAUACAGCCUUAUUGAUGUGUUAUUAUCUGCAAACAGGUUGUCAGGGAAGGUGGACAUGUGGACCAGCACAAGACCAAAACUGAUGACCAAAACUAAUGGACUGAGUUGACAUGUUUCAAUAUGUCAGGUAAUGCAAUCUUGCCAUUACUGAGUCACUACAUAAGGAAACUAUGAUUACCCAAAUUUGCAUGAUAUCUCUGGGAUUGCUUGCCACCAUCUAUAUUUCUGUGAAACACUAUGAGGUAAAUAAGGAAACUAUAAUCACCCAAAUUUGCAUGAUAUCACCGGGAUUUCUUGCCACCAUCUAUAUUUCUGUGAAACACCAUGAGGUAAAUAAGGAAAUUUGCAUGAGGUAAAUGUUGUCUAGGUUGCCAGGGAAGGUGAUCAUGUGGAUGAGCAGAAGACCAACACUGAUGGAUUGAGUCAUGUUUCAGCAUGUCAGUUUGGUGGGAAUUGUAGGUACCUUUCCUUCACCGACAAAUUGACUGGAGUUGCGGCAGUUGCUGCCUUCUUCUUUUGGCGACGCACUCGCCAGACGUGGAUAGUGGCGGAGGAGUGGACGCCCUCGGCUAAGAGCGGCGGAUGGCGAGGAGGUGGAGAACUAUGGCCUCCACGUUCGUUGAAGCUACAGCGAGCGCACGGAGGACGCUGUGAGCGGACGACGGCCGGAGGUGGAGCUGCUCACGGCGGCACCUGCGCGUGGUCGCGGCGGCUCCUCGGACGGAGGGCGGAGCGGCGGACGGUGGCUGGAGAUGGAGCUGCUCACAGCGGCCCCUGCGCGUGGUCGCGGCGGACGGCGGCCGGAGAUGGAGCUGCUCACAGCGGCGGCGGCCCCUCCGACGGCGAGUAGAGCGGCAGACGGCCGCCGGAGGUGGAGCUGCUCGCGGCGGCUGGUGGAGGGCGCCGACGAGCUCGUGGAGGGCGCCGGCGAGCUAGUGGAGGGCUCCGGCGAGCUAGUGGAGGGCUCCGGUGAGCUAGUGGAGGGCGCCGGCGAGCUGAUGCAGGGGUGCCGGCGAGCGUGCAGCGCGGAUCGCUGGCGGAUCGCGGCCGGAUCGCUGGCGGAUCACGGCCGGAUCACGCGCGCGGCGCUGAUUCAGUGCGUUAUUUCCGUGCGCUGAUUGUGGGGAGUUAGUUGGGCUGAUUUCAAAGUGUAAAGGGGUUUUCUGUAAAAUGGUCGACAGUUCAAAAAAAUUCUCCCCCGCGCAGCUUUUUUCGGGACGGAGGGAGUAUUAUUUUUUGCGAGAAAGUACUGUCACUUUGUUAAUAGACUAGUUAAAAUGGGUGGUUGCUCGGA